AGUAGGUCGGGGGAAGCCGCCGGAAAGCGGAGCGGGUUUUUAAAGGAGGGGAAGAAUAACGAUUGUUCGGACCUCCCCGGGAUCCGAGGCUCAGGAGAGGCCGAGGCCGAGACUGAGACUGAGGCCUGGACGGCGGGAGGCUCACUGACCACCACCCGCCCCCCCCCCCCCCCCACCCCGGCUCGGAGAUGGACGGCCCCCCCGAGAUGACCGAGAUGUACGACCAGGCGCUGCUGGGCAUCCUGCAGCACGUCGGCAAGAUCGAGAACUUUCUGGAGGUUUUCUUCGGGUUCCUGUACAGGAAGACCGACUUUUUCCGCCUGAUGGUGCUGAGGGAGGACAGGCUGGGGUUCCCGCCCGGGGUGGCCGAGAAACUGGCCCUGAGGGCUUUCAAGAAGUUUGAACGAUAUUCCAUUGAAGAUAAUGAGAAACGGGUGAAAGAGCUGGAGAAGAAACUGAAGAACAGGAAAAUGGAAGAAGAGAAGGCAUGUGUCCCACUCCCUGGCCAGGAGGUGGAGAUUGAGUCAGCAGCAGAGGAGCAACCUGAAGCAGAGGCGGCUGGACAGAACACAGUGAGCACAGAGAGAGAUGACCAAGAGACGGUGGCAGAUUUGCAGCAGCCCGCAGCUAAUGAUAAACAGCUAGAGGGCACCGUUGCUGCACCAGUUGUGAAACAGGAGCAUUUUGAGCCUUCCAAGAAAAGUGAGGAAAAUUCUGACAGCUACAAUGGGGCUGUGAGGGACAACUACACUUGGUCCCAGGAUUACACUGACCUGGAAGUGAAGGUGCCAGUGUCCAAGGCGAUUGUGAAAGGAAAACAGGUUUCUGUAGACAUACAGAGCAACUGGCUACGUGUGGCUGUGUUUGAAGGAAGCGGGAAACAAGUCAUAGUCGAUGGAAAGCUGACGCAUAAAAUCAACACCGAAAACUCCAUGUGGAGCUUAGAACCAGGGUGCUGCAUCUUGAUUAACCUGAAUAAAAAUGGGGAAUACUGGUGGAAUGCAAUUCUAGAAGGUGAAGAGACUAUAGACAUAGACAAGAUAAACAAAGAACGGUCAAUGGCAACGGUGGAUGAGGAGGAGCAUGCAGUGCUGGACAGACUAACCUUUGAUUAUCAUCAGAAAAUGCAGGGCAAACCACAGAGUCAUGAAACGAAAGUGCACGAGAUGUUGAAGAAAGGCUGGGAUGCUGAAGGUUCACCAUUUAAAGGGCAGACGUUUGACCCAUCUCUGUUUAACAUUUCUCCUGGAGCAGUGCAGUUCUAAUUUCUCCAGCCACAGAAGGCACACACCUGACCCCGAACGUUACCGAAGAUUAGCACAAAUCAUGGAUUGUACUUUCCACUCGAAUAAUAAGAGACUUUCUCUGAGCUUCGAGUGAAGUCAUUGCAAAGAAUGAGUUGCCAAGAUAGUGUAUUUAUUUCAAUUCAUUCUUGUUUUUGUUCACCUUUAGCAUAUUUUAGGCUUUUCUGAGAAAUGAUUUGCUGUCUCAUUUUGAGCAAUUUCUCCAAUUCUUGAUUGAAAGUGCUUUCUGGUGAGUAGUAAAAAUUGUUUGAAACUGUUCUUAUCCUUUGCCUGAAAGAACUGAUAUUUAUAUUCUACUUGUGGUUUUGAAAUUAAACAAUAAAAACAUUUGUGGGUGAACACUACAACUAUCCAGUCAACCUUGAUUUGAAUUUGUGAGUUGGAAGUAUUUUUUUGGAAGGGCUUGUGACAGAAAUGGAGCAUUUUUGUCUAGAUUUGACUUAGUGGAGGUUUAUUUAAUCUAUUCACAUUACAUAAGGAGUUCAAACCCAUCUGCAAUUAAAACAAUGCCCCCAGCCUAACUCAAUAAAAGUGUUCUAAAGUUUUGAUCUGUCGAGUCUGAGCCAGUUUGUUUGAGGGAGCAAGCAGCCACAUAUAAACAAUUUGUGUGAUUUGGUUUCCAUGUAUGACUAUAAUUACCUUUUAAAUUAACCUGACAAAUAUUUAAAUACAAUAAACUCAAGCAGCUAGUUGUGAAUUAUUUCAGAACAAUUCUUGUGAAUGUGUCAGUUCUGAAUAGAUCAAGUAUUGUAUCAGGUAUUGAUCAAAUGAUUGCAUUGAAUGGUGGAGCAGACUCUUGGGACGCUAUGGUCGUCUCCUGCUCCUUUUUCUUAUUCAUAAGUCAUUGGCCUCUGCAGCUGGAAGUAUACAAUAGUAUAAUGAUGUACAAGAAAAUUAUUCAGCAUAGUUAUUACUUUUACCUUUUUAAGGGGUUGUUCAUAAUAUCUAUAUUGAAAAUAUGUGUUACAGCUAUACAUUUGUUCACUAUUCCUUAAAUUCUCUUGUGAAUUAAAGUGUAAAGGAGAUCUGAAGUUGCAAUGCUUUGGUGCUUUUCAAAACAUAUGAAAGUUCCAGUGGAGGCACGGGAUCAAUCCAAAACUGAUGCAAUUUACAGUAAGCUUUCCUACUUAUUAUCUGAGGCUUGUAAUCAGAAAAUUCAUUUAAUUUCAGGACCAGUGAAAACACCCUGGAUACUUCGAUAAGGUCAGAGUUACUUGAGAAUUUAACUCAAAUUAACAGGAGCUAAAUUAUCCAAACUAAGCAAGGUAGUAAAGAUCCAAAACACCAAAUAACACAAAAAGAUGGUACAUGAUAAAGGAGGGUGAGAUGUUGUGCAGAAGAGUCUGCAGUAACCCAAAGGCAAAAAUUGGCUUAAAAACCCAUUAAUUAGAUCAUACCUACCACACCUCAUGAAUGUUUUGUAUUUUCUUCGUCAGAUUGAGACUGAUAUACUGCCAGAGACAGCUACACCAAAUAACAAAGGCCCAAUUGAAUUGGCUGGACAGAUCCAUUGCCUAGUAGAAACAAUUGGUUAUGACAGACAGAGACCUAUGACCCCUGAGUUCCCCAAACACAAAUAUUUUGUGACCCCUUUGUAGAGCCCCUGCUUCUUUUGAAUGGACACUGGAGGUAGUUAUCAUGUUAUCCAUGUGUGACUGACCUGACACAAUCCUAUACAAGUUGGUGUGAUUAUUUUAUUUAAAGCUUCCCUAACAGGAAGAAUCAAACUCAUUCAAUUUUACACUUUAAUUUUGAAGGCUCUGCUCCUUCCUCAGGUUGCACAGGUGAUGAAACUCCUUUGGGAUCUUACUCAACUGGCAUUUUCUCCGUGCAUGAGCUCACACAGUGAGUUCAAGCUAAUUGGCAUAGCAAGGCAUCACAACCAAACCUAAUGUUAUCUUCACUUGGUGUUUCCACCAGGGAUCAGUGGGUGGUGAUAAGGAACCUUGGCUGAUUUUUUUCUUUUAACCUCUUGCCCUUCUUGAAACAAGAUAUUUUUGAGGCUGGGUUUAGCACCUUGUCUUCUUCCCAGACUGGGAUUAACUAAGUCAGCAUGAACGAGUUAAAACUUGGAUCUUUCUGAAUUAAAUUGCUUGAAAGCCCAUCUUACCAGGACCUGAAAGAUUGGAUUUGUGAGUUUCAGUUUUAGUUCUCCUUAAUAAAACAGAGUGCCUACAGAGCACAUGACUAGAACAUAGCUGCAUUGUAUUAGCAAAGUUUGCCUUGAUCCUGAAUGCACUUGCAAAAUGCUCUCAUUUAGUUAUUGAAUGGUUAGAACACAGACUAAAUACAAUUGCCAGGUUAUAUAAAUGAGGUUACAACUUUAAAAGAAAAUUGAUUUAACAGAUAUGGCAUUGUGAGAGAGAUGUGAUUACAAAAAAAUACCUUUGAACAAUAUGUUCAGUCGCUGUGUGCUUAGGUUUACCCAGUGAUCUGGGAAACUGUCAGCAUUUCUCAAAUGCAACCUGUAAGAGGUGUGUCAUAGAAUGUUAUGAAUCAACUAUUCUGUAAAUAUAGUAUGGGUUGAGUUGUCUACCCUGAUGCAGAAUCAAUGAAGCAUGCAACAUUGUCACUGGUAAUUACGUGGUGAAAAUCCAAUUAAACUCACGCAAGACAAAA